CUUGCAGCAUCAGUUUACAACAUAAAAGGCGACCACAAGUCAUGUGGCUCAUGGUCAGAGCUUUACCCAGGAUUAACAAACUAACAGCUGAGAUGAAAUAUUACCUUAUGCCAAACAUUUAGAUAGCUGAAGUAGGAGAAUUAAAUAUGGUUUUACUAUUUCAGCUCACUGUCAUGUAUGUUUAGUGAUGUCAUUUUACUUUACAUCUCCCUUAAUUUCUUGGUGAGUUAUGAGGUUAUGUGGUGUAUUGUCUUAACUGUCAUCGGGGAUGAAAGUUAUUUAAUCACUAUGUCUGGACUGUUGAGGUUCACAUCAUGCAUAGUAUAAAAUGAGUCAAAAAGAGCAGGAAACAAUACGCAAAGUACAGUUAUGAGUCCUAAGAUGUUUUUUUUUUAUUACUCUAGGCUCCUGAUUGCAGCUGUCUCACCUGCAAAACCACAUUUAACCUAGCUAGAUAGUCAUUACAGGUAAAUCAAUGGUGUAUAUUGUUAUGAUACAUAAAGUCAUUGGGAUUCUAUUUCCCAUGUUUCAAUCAUGCCUAACGUCUGACUUUAUAUUUAUUACUGUCAAUGCUGUAUGCUGUGUGGAGCUGCAGUCUGGCUUUGUAGUUGAAAAUUGUGAGGUUUGUUAAAAUAGGUUUAAUCUUAUGUUUUGCAAAAAGUUGUGGUUGGUAGCUUGUUAGAUCAUUAGGAAGCAAACCUUCAUAUCAUAAGUCCAUAUCAUAAGUUUGUUUUGAUGAAAAUAGUAAACAAUAGAGCAUGAAUGCUAAACACCUUGAAGACACUGUGCAGUGCACAGCAAAGCUUCCCUUGCAGCUUUGCAGGCCUACUUUUAUGGCUUAUCAAAUCCAGUUUAUUUCAGAUCUGUAGAACCAUUUUUAAUUGAAUUUGCCAAGACUAUUUUAAUUUUUCAUCGUUGUUCUUCCUAAUUUUAAAACAUAAACCGAUGCCUAAUCAUCUGGAUUAAUAUCAUAUAGUUUUUGGGGGGAAAAAGACAUGAAAGUGACAAGUGCAAAGUUUUCCUUCUUUUCUGUGUGGUGUCUCUUUUGUCACACUCUUAUCCAGUUCCUAUGAAUGAUCUGAUUCAUAGGAACAUCUUCCAAGCAUCUCACAUCACCUGCACUGCAGUGAAACCAAAAAGCAAUUAAAGAUCUGAAUUCAUAUAGCCUUUGCAGGAACUCUCAGAAGCUCGUAUAAAUCUUAAGAGCGUAACAUUUGAACUAAAAAAUGUACUGAUGAAUAAAAAUAACAGCUGAGCAAUAGUAACAGGGUUUUUAUCAAGAAAGAAAGAGUUUUACAAAUAGAGUAAAGAUAAAAAGAAUUGUGAGUGUUCUUUUUUGUUUUGAGGUGAUUAAGGAUAUUAUAACCAAUUAAGGAGAUUUGAGCUGGUGCUGAUCACUGCAACAGUAUGGCAGUAUAGGGACAUUUUGAGAGUUUGUGAAGCAGUUGAAUGAUAGAGAAGUUGCAAGAAGUAUUCUAUAUUUUCCAAUUGAAUGCUAUAUUGUAAACUUUUGUGAGGUCCUAAGAAGUCUUUAAUAGAUUAAAUACUUGGACAAUACUUGCACAAGUACUAAAUAGACACAGGUUAUCUCUACUAAGUUUUCAAUUACAUUUUUACUGUCUUAUUUGAUUAAACACAUGUUUUCUUCUAUUUUCCUUUUAUAUUUGUUUGUUUGAUGCUUAAAUAAUCAUGUUGAAAACCUCUCAUACCAGCAAGCUUCCAUCUUAUUGAAACUCUGCUUUAUUUACCUACCAGCAUUUCAUAUUCUUUAUGAAAACAUUUACUUAAUAAUCUUGAUUGCCUUAAGAUGUGGAUGUUAGUAUGCUGACUGUAAUCAUCAUGAAUUGUACAUGCUGUAAAUGCCUUUAUGCUGUAGCAUUACUUGCUUAGGUUUUGUAAGCAAGCUAUAUACUAAGUUAUUAUAAAAAUAAGUGCAGAUACUAUUUUGUAAUGAUAUACUAAAAGAACCUAAAAAGAUUUAACCUCCAUAAUAUUUCAGUAUGGUUGCUUUUGUGGCGAAUGCUGGUUAUUUGCACGUGUUUGCUUUUAAAGCAGGUUAGAUUCCCUCAUGAUUAAAUAAUGGUUUAAAAACAAACAGCAAAAAGCUGACCAAUAUACCUUGUUCAUACCUUUAGUGACAAAAUGAAUAUCAAGAGGAUGUUUUCAUUUUUCAAAAAGGUUCAGCUUGUGGCUUUAAUGGCCUUUAGUCUGUGUCCCAGCUGAAUUGACACUGAUAAAGAAAGCACCUUCAAUAAUUUGCAGAUAACCUUUAUGCAAGGUCUGCAAGCUAAGAAAAUUAUCAGUACUCUUUUGUUUUGCUUUAUCCUGGGCCAACCAUUGUCCCUUUGAAUAAUUGGGAGCCACAGAAUUUGCCAGUUUUAUCUUUUUACUUGGUCAGCAGCUACUAGUUUUGUACCCAAGAUCAAUUGCCUUGGUAACAAAACCGGAGAGAGGGAGGAAGGGGGAAGAAGAGCAAAAAAAGGAGGGAUAGAGAGACAUAGGCGGAAAAGAGGAGAGAGAGCGCGCUUUGUGCCUACAAUGGCGUCUGUAGGUAUGCUAAAUACCUCUGGUUCCUUAUCCGGGAACUACCUCUUCCUCUGCUAUUGGGCCAUUGGGUCACGUGGUUAAAGUAACUUUACAGGGCUGCUCGCAAGUAGGAGGGCUUUAUGGAGCAGAAAAACGACAAAGCUAGAAAAAUUAUUUUCCACUCCAGAAAUUAAUGAUCAUGAGCUCGUAUUUGAUGGAGUCUAACUACAUUGAUCCGAAAUUUCCUCCAUGCGAGGAAUAUUCGCAAAACAACUACAUCCCCGAGCACAGUCCAGAAUAUUACAGCCGCGCAAGGGACACUGGCUACCAGCAUCAUCACCAGGAGUUAUACCCUCCUCCGCGGGCGAGCUACCAAGAGCGCCAGUAUAACUGUGCAAGCAUCCCCGAGCCCGACACGCCGCGGGGACACGGAAUACCCCAUUCUGCGCACCUGCUGACGGGAAAGGGCCAGCCUGCGUCAUGUGAGACCCCACAGUUGUCCAUGUCCCCCGCCACCCCACCGGCCGCAGCUUCCGCCUGCAACCAAGCCACCCCGGAGCAUCCCAACAGCACAGUCUCCUCCAAACAGCCCGUGGUGUACCCCUGGAUGAAGAAAAUUCACGUCAGCACUGUGAACUCUGGUUACAAUGGGACGGAGCCAAAGCGGUCUAGGACAGCGUACACCCGGCAGCAGGUCUUGGAAUUGGAGAAGGAAUUCCACUAUAACCGGUAUCUAACCCGGCGGAGACGCAUAGAGAUCGCGCACACCCUGGUGCUCUCUGAGCGACAGAUUAAAAUCUGGUUUCAGAACCGCAGGAUGAAAUGGAAAAAGGAUCACAGGCUGCCGAACACCAAAGUGAGAUCCUCCUCCUCUUCUUCCUCCUCCGGGUCCAACACAGGCUCUGCGGCCGGUGGAGUCACCACUGUCUCGGCCACCAACACUGGGGCCCCUGACGAACUCACCGGAUCACAGCAUGGCGAGGAUAUUACCAGGUUAUAAAAACCACGAACCAGACACCUGGGUUACACGGAGAACUGGUUAUUUAUAGAACAAGGAUAUAUUUUGUUUUCGUAGCUAUCUUGUGCGGUUUCCUUAAGUCCAAAGUUAUAUAAAAAUGCAUGUUAUAUAGCAUGGAUUACUGCGAAUACCGAUGGUUUAUUUUUUACGUGAAACAGGGUUUAAUUUAUUUGAAGUUCGUUUAUUAUGAUGUUUUUUUUAUUAAAAUGAAGGAGUGAAAAUAGAAAAAAAACAAAACAAAAAAACCAAAAACAAACAUUUUAUCAAAACGAUAUUGUGGGCAAUUUUUUUGUCCAGCUGCCCAAGGUAAAAUGCACAAUCUAUUUAUUUCAAACGACACUGGAAGGAUAUCACUAUAAUAAUAAUUAUUAUUUUGAUAUAUAAAAAAAUGCUUGAACACGGCAUUGGUUCUGAACAUGUAUGUUUAGGAUAUCAACAAUGUGUGAAUUUACCUCGUGUAUUUCAGAAACAGGAUUUUGAUCUGAAUUUUGAGUUGUUGUUUUAUUAUUAUCAUUAUUAUUUGUGGUGUUGAUGUUGUGUUUAGACCGUUACAAAGCAGAUUAUUGUGAAAUGCAAUAAACGGAGUUUAGUGUUCUUGUGCUAAUCAUUUUGGUCAAUAAAAAGUGAGUGUCUACUAGUUUUAAAAACGUAUGAUCGAAGUUCAUUUUAGGCGAGAUAAGAUGGAAGGGUAUUCAAAAACUGUACAAAUGUCUAAAUGAUAAAACAGACUCACUUUUUCUGACUUUUCCCUCAGCCUUCAAUUAACAGCGUGUAAAGAUAUGGAGGGUGCGCGUGUCUGUGUGUAUGUUUGCAAACUGAAUGCCUGUGUAUUGUGUACAGCCUCACUUGUAAUAGAAUUUUCUCUUUCCAAAAAAAUAUGGAAAAAUAAGCUGUUUGCUCCUUACAUGUGGUGCAACCUCAUCAGUCUGAAGGGCAUUCAAUUAGCGCUGCAGACAAGCUACUAAGGGCCCCCUCCAGUCCACUUGUGCACUGCUCUCUGCGAGUGCUACAAAAUGAAGCCCAAUUUGACUUCAAGGCCAAAAUGCAUGCUUUUAAUUUAGAGCUUACAUUUUUAAUGUGUUAGAGCUGAUAGAUGCUUGUAACAUAGCUAUUUUGUAACGCACACAGUCGCCCUGCUUUUUCUAUGCUGUUCAUCUGCGCCAUGUGACUGGGUUUUCACAUGUGAAAUAAAUACAAUUUAAACUAAAAAAAAAAUAAAAUAACUGAUUGCAGAUUCAGUGCAGUGCAUGGUGUGGUGUGAAAUAAAUCACAGCGAAGAUGCUGGCCUUUGAUUGACCGACACUGGCCUGUGGUACGGGGAGGAGUGUUAAUGGUCAUUUACUUCUGCACCUACAUGUGCCUGUAUGUGCAUAAGUAAAAUACAUCCAAAUAAAUAUGAAAUAAAAAAAUAAACAUAAUAUAUAUAUACACAGUCCAGAACUUUUUACGUUUCAUUAAACGUAAUAUUUUGUAGACGUGAUCCUUCUUUUAUUUUUUCUCAUUGCAUUUUUUUUUUUUUUUUUUGCUUUUUGUUAUUUUUUGUUGUUCAUGUUUUUAAGACAAAUGAAGUUUGAGCAUGACUCAAAUCCAAAGAAGCGCGUGCAUUUGAUAGAUUAUUGAAACUGUGGCAUGAAUAGGUCCUAUAAAAUGCCUUGCGUAGUGGGAGGCACAACAACACAAAGAGAAGAGGUAUUUUCCAUCAUCAAUCUUGCACCACAGAGCUUUGUAUAAUGUCCUGGAAAACAGCUGUGGUGAUAGCCAGUUUUGAUAACAUCGAAUGUUAUGUACCAGCCAGAUUAACUCGGAAGUAUAAGUGCAAAUGCGGGAGUGGAUUCUUUAAAUUCUACUUCUUUUAGUACAAGAAAAAAUAUACUUGCACUAAAAUACAACGUUGAGACUUGGCUAUUGGGGAAGCCAGUAGAAUGGUGGUGAGACGGCUCUGAAAAAUGAAUUCGGGGGCCUUUAUGUUGUUGGACAGAUUGGAGAAAUUAAUGUGCUCUCCGCAACCGCAGCAUCCCUCCAGCCCCUUUUCUCGGCCCUGUCGCCUCCGUGUCGCGGGGCUUGAAAAGGUGCUUCAGUGAAGUUUGGGGGCGGGGGAGAGAUGGGAGAAGGCCGAGUUCACCUCGAGGACACAUUUUCUGUUCCAUUAGGCGCAUUUCAGUCUGGAUGGCCGACCUCUCCAACCCUGUGACCUGACUUACUUUCUAUGCGUGUACCUUCUGUGUUCAACCUCUUCGGUCCUCUCUUGGCCUCUGCUUUCUUUGUGGAUUUUCCUGCGUUGCGCCUGUAUAGAGGGGGCCUGUGGUGGGGUAUCACUGCAUGUGUUGAUCCCUUUGUUAUGGACGGUGAUACCAGACAGCGUUGAACCCUCGGACAGUUCUCCUCUCUGCAUCCAGAGUGCCUGCAUUACUAAACCUGCGCCUUCUCUUCUCAAUGAUCAAGUUAUUACACAUAAAUAAUGUAAAAUAAUCUACAAUCCAUAGGCAUAUAAAAAUAUCACUUCAGAUUAUGUCUUGAAAUGGCACAAUUUGGAUAUAUAUUUUUGCUGUGGUGAUGAUUAGCGUUCUCUGAGGUCUCAUAAAAAGGUGCGGCUAUAAAUAGUUUCUUUUGCUGUGAUCAUGUGACUUCUGUUCCCUGGAUGGCUCUUGUGUCCAAAACUCAGCUGCCAAUUAUAGGCGUUUUUGACAGUACUAGGACAGUUGGUCAUCGUGAUUAGUUUAUGAACAAGGACAUUCAAGUUCUUUGCUUUUUUUUUUUGUUUUUUUAUUCUCAAAAACACCUUGAAAACUUUCCAAUGAGAACCCAAGUAAUAUAUUAAAGUAAAAGAGAACAACUGCAUUAU